UUUUUUGAUAACGGUACUUUUUAAUUAUCAAGUAAAUAAAGAUACUACAUGAUAUAAAAGGUUCCUAAAAUAAUUAUUUUAUCAAGAAGUGUUCCAACAAUGGCUGCGACUCUAAUACUGUUGGCCGGCGUCCUCUCUGCAGUAGCGGCGGUGCCGAAUUCGGAGAGAAUUGCUGGCGGUGCAAUUACGACAAUUGCAACGUAUCCUUCUGCUGCCAGCAUCUCAUACAACAGGCUUGGAUUUGGUACUUUCACCUUCACCUGCGGAGGAAGUAUAGUCAGCAGCAGAUCUAUUUUAACAGCAGCGUUUUGUGUGCACGGGGAUCAGACUUAUCGAUACCGAGUGCGUGUUGGUUCGUUGACAGCAAGUUCUAAUGGAAUUCUCCAUACCGUCGACUAUUUCACUAUUCAUCCGAAUUACAAUCCCGUGACCAAAGAACAUGACAUCGCACUAAUUCACGUAUUCCCCCAUCUAUUGUUUACAUCUAAUGUCCAACUGGCAAAUUUUCCUGAUGCAAGCUAUAUCCCUAUGAGAAAUCAGACGGUCAUGGCUAUUGGAUGGGGACAAAUCAAUCAUGGUGGAGCUCUGUCGGAGAGUCUUCGUCGUGUCCAACUGUGGCUUGUUGACAAUAACGAGUGCAGAAAUCGUUACUCUGAGCUGGAAGGCCCCAAUGUCACUUCUAACAUGAUUUGUGCUUCUGGGUACGAUCGGUCUGGAAGGGGGCAAUGUCUAGGUGACAAUGGCAGCCCCCUUCUUGAUGAUAGACUCAUUAUUGGUAUAUAUUCAUGGAGCCACCAGUGCGGUACAGUACGUUACCCUAGUGUCAACACCUACAUACCAAAAUAUGCCAACUGGAUCAGAUCUUACUAUUAAUUCAUAUAAAUAAAA